AUGCACGUAGGUUAUGCGUGGACGACAAGGUUGCGCCAAUGUUACGCCAAAAGAUUGUGCGCAACUGCUGCCGUAAGAGAUGCCCGUCAUGGUGAGACAUUCUGCGUGCGCUGCGAGACCUGGCUUGUAGCGGUCCUUGAUGCUUCCACUACAGGGCCAUGCUUCGAACCCUUCAUCCCACUCAUUCUUCUUCUGCCGCCGCCGGCAAGAGGAGACGAGAUGUUUUGCUGUAUGUUCAGUGCGAGCUAUUGCUGCUGGACCACCCCAGGCCUGCCACUGCCCUCUGCACGUUGCAACUGCGUUAUCUCGCCCAGUAAGGGCAUGUCGUGCCGCCGUGUCACACGCUCGGCCGGCAAAUCGAGAAGCUCAAGUACACUAAUCGUCGAGAUCCAGAUUCUAGCCGCAUGUAUCCGUAAAACGCACAUGGCGCAUCCUGGUUGGAUGUCAAAAUACCCAAGUGCCCUUGCUGCACAAUCGCAUUCCAUCCACUCAAGUCGAUGGCGCAAAUGA